GUAGCUGCAUCGUGGGUCGGCGAUUGAUGAUGCGUCACUUCAAGCUGAAAACAAAUCAGGCGGAUCGUCAACACGUCCGCAAAACAACAACAUAACAGUAACGCAACAGCGAAACAACCGGAUGGACACGUUGACGGUGUGAGAGGACAUCCGGAUGUAUUCGUGAAGGAAAACCUCAAAGCAUCUGCACGGGCGUCGAAAGUGAUUUGCUCGACUUUCGCGCGGACGCGCAUGCGCAAACACAUCGCGACGCCACAAAGUUUGUCGCCUCGUCACGUGACGUCAUAGAAAGACGGGCUUCGAUAUGGUGACGUCACCACGAGUUGAAGUCACAGGAAUUCAAGAGGUCCAGAUUACGAGAUGGCCGACACCCGAGUUUCGUUCUCUCCUGCUCUGCGUCUGCUCCAGCUAAGCCCCGCCCACACGCCAGCGCCCGCACCCCCGUCCUCGUCCCCUACCGCCUUUUCGUGCCCGUCAUCCCCCUCCAGCGCCUCGUCGUCAUCCUCAUCGUCAUCACGUUAUUCCGAGAGUUGUUCGGACUGCCCGACUCGUCGGCAGCGCCGCCGGCGCCCAGCGCCCCGCCCUCAGCCGGCCCGUGAUGAGCGCCCGUCCUCGCUCAGCGCCAGUCCCCGCAGCUCCAGCCCCGGUGGCAGCAGUGCCAGCCUCAGCAGCGACGUCCCCGACCCCGCGCCCGCCCCCUCGCCCCCCACUGAGAAGGAGCUCCAAGUGAUUGACACGGAGGUGGCGCUGAAGGCGUGCCAGGAAGUUCUGCUGAAAGUCCAAAUGCAGCAGCAGGACGGCGCCAUCCAAGAGGAGGACGAGGAGCGGCGGGCAGACGUGUGCGACCUCUCCCCUGCCUCCGAUCGCUCGUCGUGGCUACUGCGCCUGUUCCAGUCCAAACUAUUUGAUGCGUCCAUGGCGGUGGCGUACCUGUUCAAGUCAAAGGAGCCCGGCGUGCAGGCUUACAUCGGGAACCGCCUCUUUGGCUUUCCACCCUCUGAUGUGGACUUUUACUUGCCGCAGCUGCUAAGCAUGUACGUGCACAUGGAUGGCGAGGUGGGCGACGCCAUCCGACCGUACCUGGUGCACCGCUGCAGCGGCAGCAUCGUCUUCUCGCUGCUGUGUGCGUGGCUGCUGGGCGCCUACUCGUCUGACAUGCACAUAUCGGCACAGCGACAUUCGCGAGGGGCCAGACUGCGAAAACUCAUUCUGUCCGACCAGCUACGGCCUCCCGCUGCCUCCGCCGCCGCCGCCCCAGCCUCGCCAUGCUCCUCACCGGGCGAGUCACCCUCCCCAAGGGGCCACCAGAGAUCCAAGUCGGACGCUACCACGUGCAGCGGCCCGGGUGGUGCCCUGCGCAGGACAGAAAGUAACCCCAAAGUGGAGGUGCGGGAGCCGGAGCGUCUGCGUCCUCAGCGCGAGCUGGUCAAGUCUCUGCUGGCGAUCGGUCGCCGACUGGCCUCGCUGCCCGGCAAGGAGCAGAAGACGCAGCGUCUCAUCUCGGAACUGUCACUGCUCAACCACAAGCUUCCCGCCAGAGUUUGGCUGCCCACGGCCGACUUUCAGCACCACCUGGUCAGGAUUCCCCACACGCAAGCUGCCGUGCUCAACUCCAAAGACAAGGCUCCGUACAUCAUCUACGUGGAGGUGCUGGAGUGCGAAAACUUUGAAACGUCGCCCGUGCCUAUCCGCAUCCCCGAGACGCGGAUCCACUCGGCCCGCUCCGCCGACAACCUCGACUGCAAUGCGGACACCACCGCUUGCGCCGGUGCCACAGGCGGAAGCCUGUGCGGUGUCCACAACUACGACAACGACGAUGACGCCUGGGCCACCGACGAUAUCGGACAGCUACAGGUAGAGGUUCAGACAAGUAGCAGUGACAACCUGAGUCAAUUUUCACUGGACAGCCUGACCAGCGUGGAGAGCAGGGAGAUGUUUGUCGCCGCCGGAGAUAUCAGACGCCGCCUGUCGGAGAACCUGGCCCAGACCCCCACUUCUUUCAGGAAAGACCCCGAAGAUCCCUCGGCCGUCGCCCUCAAAGAGCCCUGGGAGGACAAAGUCAGGCGUAUCCAGGAGACGUCCCCGUACGGCCACCUCUCCGGCUGGCAUCUCCUUCCCGUCAUCGUCAAGUGCGGAGACGACCUGAGACAAGAACUUUUGGUCUAUCAGGUGCUCACCCAGCUACAGGCCAUCUGGCGUCAGGAGCGAGUCCCUCUGUGGAUCAAACCUUACAAGAUCCUGGUGAUGUCAUCAGACAGCGGGAUGAUUGAACCUGUCCUCAACGCCGUCUCCCUGCAUCAGGUGCGCAAGCAGAGUCAGCUGUCGCUGCUGAAGUACUUCCUGCAGGAACACGGCAGCUUCACCACCGAACAGUUCCUCAAAGCCCAGAGGAAUUUCGUGCAGAGCUGCGCCGGCUACAGCCUUGUCUGUUACCUCUUGCAAGUCAAAGACAGGCACAACGGCAACAUCCUCCUGGACUCAGAAGGUCACAUCAUUCACAUCGACUUUGGCUUCAUCUUGUCCAGCUCUCCGCGCAAUCUCGGUUUCGAGACGUCCGCCUUUAAGCUGACCGACGACUUUGUGGAGGUGAUGGGCGGCCUGAAUGGCGACAUGUUUGUCUACUACAAGAUGCUGAUGCUGCAGGGGAUGAUCGCGGCCAGGAAGCACAUGGACAAGGUGCUGCACAUGGUGGAGAUCAUGCAGCAAGGUCGGCGGCGGGCUCGCCAUUCUAUUUGCGUCCUUACAAAACAUUUUGGGCUCCAGAGCAAAGUGAGCGCCACCGCUUGCGUAUUUGUGUUGCCAGGAUCGCACCUGGCUUGCUUCCAGGGCUCGGGGACCAUCCGCGGCCUGAAGGAGCGUUUCCACAUGAGCCUGACGGAGGAGCAGCUGCAGCUGCUGGUUGAGCGAAUGGUGGACGGCUCCGUGCGCUCCAUCACCACCAAACUCUACGACUCCUUCCAGUACAUGGUCAACGGCAUCAUGUGACUCCAAAGCCAACCGCCUGCUUUCCUCCGAUUGAGGCGCCCAGCUCCAACUUUUGGCUUCUGCUGUUGCUGCUUGUUUUUAGGCCUCCUUCUACUUGGGCAACCUCUCCUAAUGCGUCCUUAGUUUCCUUCUUCUUGAACUCUUCCUUCGGCUGCAUCAUGGUCGUCUUCCUUUGCCACUUGUUCGGUACUGAAGCACACUCCGUGCGCCAAAACAUUUGUGUGUCCUUGUCGCUGCACGAGCCUAGCUUGUUAGCUUUAGCCCUUAUGCUAACCUUGCACACGUGACAAAAGCUGAAUGUUCUGGUUCUUAUGUCCUUUCAAUCUUAAACAUAUCUCGUAGUUUGGACGGGAAUGCUAAUGUUAGCAUGACCACGAGUCGCUGUUUUGUUUACAUGGCGAACAAAGGUCUGUUGAGGCAACACUUGCAAUGGAGCCUCUUGUUUCAAGUUAUUUUCUUCUUUGUGAAUUCUAAAGUCACAUUUGUGGCAUUAACUCCGUUACAGGAUGCUAGUUUUGUUUCCUGCAGAUCAGAUACACUCCGUUUACACUAACUUGUCAGUCUGUGAUUGGCCAACACUACAUUCCUGAUUGACUGGAGCCAAUCAGGAGGCACGUUUACAUUGCGGUUGUACGACUGCUGGAGGACCUGUUUGAAGACAAUGUGGGAAAGCACACCUUUAUCAUUGGCAACGACUGAGCUCGCCUGGCUAACUAGCCACUGCUCACCUUUCGGUAAAAAUUCUCAUCAAAUGUAUUAUGCCUAUUUCUUUACUGCAGGGCCGUCAGAUUGUCCUGACCAGCAUUAUUUUUGGAAGUCAAAAACUAACGAAUAAAGUGACUAAUUUGACAGCCGUUUUUCAGUUGAUCAAUACAACUUUUUUUGAACCGCUGAAGAGAGACAGCACACCGCUAGCAGCUGCUAGCCGAAAUGCUGCUGUCCUUGUUGAGCCUGAAAAAAAGCCAUGAAGACAAAAAAAAGUGCCGCUGCCUUUUUCCUUCCGUCGCUAUUUGAUAAUGUGGAAAUAAAAAAACAAGUGAAAAUGUAA